AUGGACAAGGAUUCCCAAAUCAAAAUGCUCCAGGAAAUGGGCUUUCUGAAUAAUCAAGCCAUGGAAGCUCUCUCGGCGUCUGGAAAUGAUCUCAAUAAAGCCAUUGCCUAUCUAUUCGGAGAGGUCGAUGCCUCUUCCGGAGCAGGUACUCAGCUGGCGCCCUACGAUGUGGAAAGUGAGCAAAUUGGCAUUGCCGAUUCUGUCGGAAUUUCCAACCCACAUGACAUUCCGGAAUUCUUGACCCUUUUCGUGAAUGAAGAAGGAAAUAUGGCGGAAGCAAUGAAGGAAAACCAAGGGCCGUUCUACAGCUCCAAUUCCGCGUCCAGUUCCAGUUCCAGCUCUCUCGAGGAGGUUGAGGAUGACUCUCUUCUCGAAGAGCCAGAGGAAGAAUACCCCGAGAAUGUGAAAACUGAGUUCACCAAUGUUCCUUUUUUGCUCAGUAAAAGAAACAAAGCAAGAUCCUGGGUACCGUUGAUUUUGAUCUUAACCCACUCAAGUAUAUUCGCCGGGCCAGUCUUACAGCUGAGAAGCAAACUGAGUUUCAUUCGAGAAUUGCAGCAAAUUGUUUAUUUCGUGCAGAACUUUGAUAACAGUAAGCGGUGGUAUCAUGACACUGACAAGCUAGCCAAGAUCCUAGAAAAUGAUGGGCCUUGCGGCUCUUUGCAAGACGAGGAAUUGAUCCUCAACAUCAUAGAUUUCUUGAUGAGAAAGGAGCCGGCUUUGAAACCCAUCUUCGAGUCCAUGGUACAAAGCUUAGAUGAAGAUAUCAGCAACAACUUGACUGUCUUAGAAAUAGACUCGGAUUCUCGGGGCUCUACUCUCUACGAAACGCUCAACGAACUAUUUUGGCAAAAGGAUUUCGAGUUUCUUGGCAGAAUCAAAUAUAGUUCUGUGGCACCCAUCGUCACAUACCAGCUUCUUGCUGCAGACUCCAACACGUCGCAUGUGCCGUUCCAAUUGCUGGAGAUUAUGUACCCCGAGAUCUACAGUGACAAGGCAUUGGGCCGUGUGCGUGAAGAAAUUCACUUGAUUAAAAGGGCACAGAUGGAAUACCAGAAACUGAAUCGAAAGCUUAUGGACCUCAAUUUCUUCGAGGGAAAGAAAAUCGACGGUCUUCUACUGCAAACUGCAUCGGCUCUACAGGAAAAUAACCCCAAUGCAAGCGAAGAUUUACGCGAGCUCGCAAACUUGCUUCAAGAACUCCGCUUUGCCGAAUUGGAAAACCAAGCCCAAGCGAAAUCAAACGCGUCUCCGCAACGACUUGCGCUGUUGGAAAGUAUAAUUUGUGAUUUGCCGGACUUACGCGCCUACAAUCUCGUUGGAGUGAUUUUUUCGGAAACUAAAUAUUUCGUGCGAGCCGGUGAAAAUUGGGUCGACAUGGAUGGUGGUGUAACGAUAGAUUAUGCCAGUGUCGCAAAUGCCGUGGAACGCCGCAUUGGCUCACAGAAUAUAACACUCGUGUACGCA